CGUCCCCGGAGCGAAGCCCGCCUAAGGCCCACCCACCUCCGCAAGGCCGCCUUGCCUUGCCUUGCCCACCGCACUACCAUGGCUGGGGGCCGUGGGGCCCACGGGCGUGGCCGGGACGAGCCGCCGGAGAGCUACCCACAGCGACAGGACCACGAGCUGCAGGCCCUGGAGGCCAUCUACGGCUCCGACUUCCAGGACCUGCGGCCGGACGCGUGCGGACGGGUCAAAGAGCCUCCUGAAAUCAAUUUAGUUCUAUACCCUCAGGGCUUGACUGGUGAAGAAGUAUAUGUGAAAGUGGAUUUGAGAGUGAAAUGCCCACCCACCUAUCCAGAUGUAGUCCCUGAAAUAGCAUUAAUGAAUGCCAAAGGUCUGUCAAAUGAAACUGUUAAUUUGUUAAAGUCCCGCCUAGAAGAAGUGGCCAAAAAACAUUGUGGCGAGGUGAUGAUAUUUGAACUGGCUUACCAUGUGCAGUCAUUCCUCUGCGAGCACAACAAGCCCCCUCCCAAGUCUUUUCAUGAAGAAAUGCUGGAAAGGCGGGCUCAGGAGGAGCAACGGAGGCAGUUAGAGGCCAAGCGGAAAGAGGAAGAGGAGCAACGUGAAAUCCUUCAUGAGAUUCAGAGAAGGAAAGAAGAGAUAAAAGAAGAGAAAAAAAGGAAAGAAAUGGCUAAGCAGGAACGUUUAGAAAUAGCUAGUUUGUCAAACCAAGAUCAUACCCCUAGGAAAGACCCAGGAGGACACAGAACAGCUGCCAUUCUGCAUGGAGGCUCUCCUGACUUUAUAGGAAAUGGUAAACAUCGGACCAACUCAUCUGGAAGGUCUAGGCGAGAACGUCAGUAUUCUGUGUGUAGUAGUGAAGAUUCUCCUGGCUCUUGUGAAAUCCUGUAUUUCUCUAUGGGUAGUCCUGAUCAGCUCAUGGUGCACAAAGGGAAAUGUAUUGGCAGUGAUGAGCAGCUUGGAAAAUUAGUUUACAAUGCUUUGGAAACAGCCACUGGCGGCUUUGUCUCGUUGUAUGAGUGGGUUCUUCAAUGGCAGAAAAAAAUGGGUCCAUUCCUUACCAGUCAAGAAAAAGAGAAGAUUGAUAAGUGUAAAAAGCAGAUUCAAGGGGCAGAAACGGAAUUCAACUCACUGGUAAAAUUGAGCCAUCCAAACAUAGUUCGCUACUUUGCAAUGAAUCUCAAAGAGCAAGACGAUUCCAUUGUGGUGGACAUUUUAGUGGAGCACACUAAUGGGGUCUCCCUCUCGUCCCACCUAAGCCACUCGGGCCCUGUCCCCGGGCAUCAGCUUCGCAGGUACGCGACUCAGCUCUUGUCAGGCCUUGAUUAUUUGCACAGCAAUUCCGUGGUGCACAAGGUUCUGAGUGCAUCGAAUGUCUUAGUGGAUGCAGAGGGCACCAUCAAGAUUACAGACUACAGCAUUUCUAAGCGCCUAGCGGACAUUUGCAAGGAGGACGUGUUUGAGCAAACGCGGGUUCGUUUUAGUGACAGUGCCCUACCUUAUAAAACGGGGAAGAAAGGGGAUGUUUGGCGUCUUGGCCUUCUGCUGCUCUCCCUCAGCCAAGGACAGGAGUGUGAAGAGUACCCUGUGACCAUCCCUAGUGACUUACCAACUGACUUUCAAGAUUUUCUAAAGAAGUGUGUCUGCUUAGAUGACAAGGAAAGAUGGAGUCCUCAGCAGUUGUUAAAACACAGCUUUAUAAAUCCUCAGCCAAAAAUACCUUUACUGGAACAAAGUCCCGAAGAUUCUGGAGGACAAGAUUACGUGGAGACUGUUAUUCCCAGCAACCAGCUACCCAGUGCUGCGUUCUUCAGUGAGACACAGAGACAAUUUUCCCGCUACUUCAUUGAGUUUGAAGAAUUACAGCUUCUUGGCAAAGGAGCUUUUGGAGCUGUCAUCAAGGUGCAGAACAAGCUGGACGGCUGCUGCUACGCGGUGAAGCGCAUCCCCAUCAACCCGGCCAGCAGGCACUUCCGCAGGAUCAAGGGCGAGGUGACGCUGCUGUCGCGCCUGCACCACGAGAACAUCGUGCGCUACUACAACGCCUGGAUCGAGAGGCACGAGCGGCCGGCGGGCCCCGCGACGCCGCCCCCAGACGCGGGGCCCCAGGCCCUGGAUGGGCGAGCCUUGCCCCGACUGCCCAUCGGCGACAGCGACACGGACGGCCCGGGCAGCGUGGAGGCGGCCGCGCCGCCGCCCAUCCUCAGCAGCUCGGUGGAGUGGAGCACAUCGGCUGAGCGCUCGGGCAGCGCCCGCUUCCCCGCCGCCGGCCCGGACUCCAGCAGCGACGAGGAUGACGACGAGGAGCACGACGGCGUCUUCUCACAGUCCUUCCUACCUGCUUCAGAUUCUGACAGUGAUAUCAUCUUUGACAAUGAAGAUGAGAACAGUAAAAGUCAGAAUCAGGAUGAAGAUUGCAAUGGAAAGAACAGUUGCCAUGAAAGUGAGCCACCGGCAACCACUGAGGCUGUGCACUACCUCUACAUCCAGAUGGAGUACUGUGAAAAGAGCACUUUACGUGACACAAUUGACCAGGGACUAUAUCGAGACACCGUCAGGCUCUGGAGGCUUUUCCGAGAGAUUCUGGAUGGAUUGGCUUAUAUCCAUGAAAAAGGAAUGAUUCACCGAGAUUUGAAGCCUGUCAACAUUUUUUUGGAUUCUGAUGACCACGUAAAAAUAGGUGAUUUUGGUUUAGCGACAGACCAUCUAGCCUUUGCUGCUGACGGCAAACAAGAUGAUACAUCAGGAGAUCACUUGAUUAAAUCAGACCCUUCAGGUCAUUUGACUGGGAUGGUUGGCACUGCUUUAUAUGUAAGCCCAGAGGUCCAAGGCAGCACCAAAUCUGCAUAUAACCAGAAAGUGGAUCUCUUCAGCCUGGGAAUUAUCUUCUUUGAGAUGUGCUAUCAUCCCAUGGUCACAGCCUCAGAAAGGAUCUUUGUUCUCAACCAACUCAGAGAUCCUACUUCGCCUAAGUUUCCAGAAGACUUCGAUGAUGGAGAGCACACAAAGCAGAAAUCUGUCAUCUCCUGGCUGUUGAACCACGAUCCGGCAGAGCGGCCCACAGCCACAGAGCUGCUCAGGAGCGAACUGCUGCCUCCGCCCCAGAUGGAGGAGUCGGAGCUGCACGAGGUGCUGCACCGCACCCUGGCCAAUGUGGGCGGGAAGGCCUACCGCACGGUUAUGGCCCAGACCUUCUCCCAGCGCAUCUCCCCCGCCGUCGAUUACACCUACGACAGCGACAUACUGAAGGGCAGCUUCUCCAUCCGUACAGCCAAGAUACAGCAACACGUGGGUGAAACCAUUAUCCGCAUCUUCAAAAGACAUGGAGCUGUCCAAUUGUGUACCCCACUGCUGCUUCCCCGAAAUAGGCAAAUAUACGAGCACAAUGAAGCUGCCUUAUUCAUGGACCACAGCGGGAUGCUGGUGAUGCUUCCUUUCGACCUGCGGGUUCCUUUUGCAAGAUACGUGGCAAGAAAUAAUAUCUUGAAUUUAAAACGGUACUGCAUAGAACGCGUGUUCAGACCUCGCAAAUUAGACCGAUUUCAUCCCAAAGAACUUCUGGAAUGUGCGUUUGAUAUCGUCACCUCUACCACCAACAGCUCUCUGCCCACCGCUGAAAUCAUCUACACCAUCUAUGAAAUCAUCCAGGAGUUUCCAGCACUUCAGGAAAGAAACUACAGUAUUUACUUGAACCAUACCAUGUUACUGAAAGCAAUACUCUUACACUGUGGGAUCCCAGAAGAUAAACUCAAUCAAGUCUAUGUUAUUCUGUAUGAUGCUGUGACCGAAAAGCUGACGAGGAGAGAAGUGGAAGCUAAAUUUUGUAAUCUGUCUUUGUCAUCGAAUAGUCUGUGUCGACUCUACAAAUUUAUUGAGCAGAAGGGAGAGCUGCAAGAUCUGACACCAACAAUAAAUUCAUUAAUAAAACAGAAAACGGGUGUUGCCCAGUUGGUGCAGUAUGGCUUAAAAGAUCUAGAAGAGGUUGUGGGACUGUUGAAGAAACUUGGCAUAAAGUUACAGGUCUUGAUCAAUUUGGGCUUGGUUUACAAAGUGCAACAGCACAGCGGAAUCAUCUUCCAGUUUGUGGCGUUCAUCAGACGGAGGCAAAGGGCUAUAUCUGAAAUCCUUGCAGCUGGUGGCAGAUAUGACCUGCUGAUUCCCCUGUUUAGAGGACCACAGGCUCUGGGGCCGGUUCCUACUGCUAUUGGGGUCAGCAUAGCCAUAGACAAGAUAACUGCUGCUGUCCUCAACAUGGAAGAACCUGUUACAGUAAGCUCUUGUGACCUCCUCGUUGUAAGUGUUGGCCAGAUGUCCAUGUCCAGGGCCAUCAACCUAACCCAGAAACUCUGGUCAGCGGGAAUCACAGCAGAAAUCAUGUAUGACUGGUCACAGUCCCAAGAGGAGUUACAAGAAUACUGCAGACAUCAUGAAAUCACCUAUGUGGCCCUUGUCUCCGAUAAAGAAGGAAACCAUGUCAAGGUUAAGUCUUUUGAGAAGGAAAGGCAAACAGAGAAACGUGUGCUGGAGUCUGAUCUCGUGGACCAUGUUGUACAGAAACUGAGGACUAAAGUCAGUGAUGAAAGGACUAUCAGUGGUUGGGAGUCCGCCUGCCAAGGCAGGGGACACAGGUUUGAUCCCUGGUCUGGAAGGAUCCCGCGUGCCGCGGAGCAGCUGAGCCCGUGCGCCACGACUACUGAGCCCGUGCGCCACGACUAGUGAGCCUGUGCUCUAGAGCCCGUGAGCCACGACUACUGAGCCCGCGUGCCGCAGCUGCUGGGGUCUGCGUGCCUGGAGCCUGUGCUCCGCAACGAGAGAGGCCACUGCGGUGAGGGGCCCGCACACCACAACGAGGAGUGGACCCCACUCACCGCAACUGGAGGGAGCCUGCGUGCGGCGGCGAAGACCCAAUACAGCCAAAAAUAAAACAAAACAAAAUAAAUAAAUUUAUUUAAAAAUAAAAAAAAAUAACUUUUCCAAAACAAAAUAAAUGUAGUAAGAAAGAAUGGCAUUGUUUCACAUUUUUGCAGAUAUUGUUAAUGCAUUGUUGUACAUUUUUGUAAUCUCUAAUGCUUUAGUAGAAGAAACUAUAUUGUCUUGUCUGUUUCUGCAUUCAGUCUGUUGUGAUACCACACAUCCUGUAGUCUCUGGAAAAGUCCAUCACACAUUAAUGAGAGGAUAAGAAUAAAAAGGAUAGUUAACAUUUUAGGAUUAUUGUGAAAAUAGUUUUGACAUUGCAGAUACCCUGUGAAAGGAUCUCAGGGGCUUCCAGGGGUCUCUGGACCACACUUUGAGAAUCUCACUUAUAAUAUCACAAUAUUAUAGAAGACUGUUCCAAUUACAGUAAAUACAGUGAAAUACUGUGCAGCCUUUAAAAAUAUUAUGGUAAAGCUGAGUUUAUUACAAGGAAGGGUGUCCACAAAUAAGAUGUAUGAUAUCCCAUUUUUGUUUCAACCAAAAUAUAUAGCCCAUACAUAGAAGAAUGUGUGCAAUGAUGGACCAAAUUUUUAAAUUAUAGUUAUUUCUGGUUAGUGGGAUUACAAGGGAUCUUAAUUUCCCUUAAGCUUUUCUAUAUAUUUGUAACUCCUGUAUUUAUGCUCAUAAUCAGAAAAUACAGUACUCUACUUUUUUUGGCUUAUAUCCGUGAUUCUCAACCAGCAGGAGUUUUGCCCCUCAGAGGACAUUUGGCCAUGUUUGGAGACAGCAUUUUUGGUUGUUAAACGGGAGGUGCUGCUGCUAUCUAGCAGGGACCAGGGAUGCUGUUAAACAUCCUGUAGUGCAGAGGACUGACCCCCCACCCCCACCCCAACAAACAGUUACCUGGCCCAAAAUGUCAAUAGUGCCAAGACAGAGAAAUCCUGGCUUAUAUAAAAUAAAUGUUCCUGCUUGCUUCUCCGGCCCCGGCCCCGACCCUGCCCGUAUGCACCUAGCUUGACUACAUUCACCAUCAGGCUUUUUCUAAGAGAAUAUAAUGUUCUUCAAGUCACUAGGUAUUAGGAUUAAGAAUCCAAAUCAAAGGCAGAGGUUUAGAAGGAAAAACAAAAAAUAGUCAACUAAUUAAUAGUGACUAUUAGUACUAGUACAGGCAAACAUCAUUAAGAUGCUUAACAGGCCAGAUGGGAUUUAGUUUUAGCAGGGAAAGGUUUAAAAUCUUUCCUCCAUGUGAAUGUUUAUUUCCCUGUUUUCCCAAGAUAGAGUGCUAUUAUGUCUCUCAAAGGCUAUAAAUUAAUUCAGUCUUUGAAAGAACAUCCAUUCAACAGCUUUUGAAAGAAUCUCAUUUACUAAAUGUUCUCCUGUGGGUGAUCACCAAGGUUGCUGCCAUAAUGAAGGCGGGGCAUUGCUAAUGUUUCCUUGUAUUGUGAGGGGAGCAGAAAGAACACCCAUUAUAUUUCAUUGAAAUUAGCUUCUUAUGUUGGGCCAGUACUUCACACCCAGCUGAAUAAAUCAGAAUGUUUCUCUAGAAUGUUAAUUUGAAGUGACAGCCUUGAUAAUUUUUAUUUGCUCUUAACCAAAAGCAGAAUUAAGUGCAAAUUUUUUUGUUUUUGUUUUUCCUCCACUAAUAACCAAUAUUUAUUAAAUAUUUUUAUAUUUAAUAGAAAAAAGCCUCCCUCUAAGUAUAGCUCACUGUAAAUUAUCUGCGUUUUGUCUUAAUGACUGUUUAUUCUAACUGUUUUUG